AGUAGCGAAAGAAACAAAUGGCGUUUAAAACCAUACGACGUUUUCAUUAAAAAGAUUUGGUGAAGGAUUAUUUUAAAAAUGGAAAGCCAAUAUCGUGGGUUGAUUUGAACAACAUUUGCGUUGGCCCCCGGUUCGGAGACAGGACCGGGAUGGUCGAGAACAUUGUGGGGGAGGGAAGGGAGGAGCUUUGUGACGUCACAAUACCAGGCUUGCUACUGUGUUGCUUGUGUGUUCCCGGCUCUUCCAAGAACCCUGCAGGAUUUCCCCACCCCCACACCGGCUCUCUCUCCACCUCCCAGCCUGGGCCACCCGGGGCCUCAGUUCUGAGCGCUCUCCUCGGGCUGGUGGCGCAGAGCGAGCAAGGCAACAGUGGUUGGCAUCGCCGAGGCUCUUCGUAUCUCUUACUGGACUCAGACCGGGGAAAGCCGGACUCGGAGAAUCUAUCCCCUCCGCCUGAGCCAGGCCCCCCCCCCAGGGGAGAUCGGAGACGCUGCGGAGCAUCAUGAAAUUCCAAUACAAGGAGGAUCAUCCUUUCGAGUACCGGAAAAAAGAAGGGGAGAAGAUUCGGAAGAAAUAUCCUGAUAGAGUCCCUGUAAUUGUGGAGAAGGCACCUAAAGCCAGAGUCCCUGACCUGGACAAAAGGAAGUACCUGGUGCCCUCUGACCUUACAGUUGGUCAGUUCUACUUCUUAAUUCGGAAGCGGAUCCAUCUUCGGCCGGAAGACGCCCUAUUCUUCUUUGUCAACAACACUAUCCCUCCUACUAGUGCUACCAUGGGCCAACUGUAUGAGGACAACCAUGAGGAAGACUAUUUUCUCUAUGUGGCCUACAGUGAUGAAAGCGUCUACGGGAAGAAGAAGGCAUUGCAGGACAGAGCUGCUGGAUUGGCUGGGGGAAGUUUUCGACAUGUAUGAUUGGGAAAUGGGGAUGGCACCCCUCCAUCCCGCCCUCUUCCCACCCUGCGAAAUUAGCCUUUGUUGUGCUGGAUAGAAGGGUCAGGGGAGGGGAGUGUUGAUAGGUUGUUUUCAGAUAGUCUCUAUCCAGGGAGGACUUCCCAGUUUUCUUACCCUCAGGGGUAGGUAGGAGGGGUGUGGGUGGGAGAGACAGAAGAAAAUGCUCUAUAACUACCCCAGUAUUUGACCAAACUUGUUUUUAUCAUCUCUCCUUGGCAACAUCUCUUCCAUAGUCCUACUGCGGGCUUUAUCCUCCCCCAGUAUCCCUAGGUAUCAUUCUCAGAGGGGACUUUGGCCCCAGAGUUAUAACCACUAUUGCCUGGCUUAUUGGGCUUGUAUCUCCAGACUUCACUUAAAAGAUAGUACAGAAAGACAUGAGUAUGGGUAAUGAGGGGAGAGCGUCUGCUCCUCUGUGUCUUCUAUGGAGGAGCUUGCAUCUCUGUCCCACUUGAUGUUUCCUUCUUGUCUUAAAUGGGGGACCAAAGAGGAAACUUGUUUGACAUUAUGACCCUGAAAUACAACACCUCCUUCUCCCUCCUCUCUAACUUCCAUUGCACUAUCUUAGGAAAGGUCCCAGGGGUGGUGAAAUCACUAAGAGAAUGUGGCUCUGAGUUCUAUGGACUUUAGAAAGGAGGGUAGGCCGAAUCUAUCACUAAAUUGAAUUUGUGAAGAAUCUUUGUCCCAGCUUCGCUCUGGGUACUUUUUAGUACAGAACAAAAAGCCCUGCCUGCCCUGCACUUAAUUAACCUUCAAACAUUCCCAACUAUAGGUGGGAACUUUCCCUAUCAUUCCUAAACCCCACUGUUCUGGGUACAAGGGAAGGUGGGGAGGGGGAUCUGCUCCCAUGCACACAUAAAUGGUUGAUAAAUUCAACUCCCUUGUAUUGUAUUCAUUCAUCAAAGCUGCUGGUUAGAAAGUUCUGGGUCCUGAUUUAUUUUGUCAGUUUUGAUUAUUGUUUUCUCUUUUGGGGAAGGUGGGGGGAGGGGGGUGGGAAAGAGGUGUUGAACUCAGCCAUUUAGUUCCAUCGUUGCUUUGUUGGAAACAAACCUGGUCCUCUGUGAUGCGGAGACACCUCUCUUGUUGUUGUACUAGCUGCAGGUUCCUGUGUAAAUGAAGUUCUUGCUAUGGGGCAAGAAAAUAAAAUAAUUGCACACUUUAAGAUCGAC